AUGGGGGCAGAUGCUAAAGCGGCUUGGGUCAGAGGUUUGAAACAGGAUAACAAGGUGGAUUUUUUGGCGAUUCAAGAAACUCAGAUUGAUGACGUUAGUUCUGCUUUAUCUUCUAAAUUUUGGGGUAGUUCUAAAUUCCAGUCGGAGGAGUCAGUGGGGGCUACUGGGAGAUCAGGGGGGCUGUUAUGUAUUUGGGAUCCUCAGACGUUUCGGAUGCAUGGUGUUUCUAAACACCGUCAUUUUCUUUUGAUUCAUGGGAUUUUGAAAGGUAAUAACCAAGCUUUAAACGUAAUUAAUGUUUAUGCUCCUCAUAACAAUUCAGAGAAAAAAGUGUUACGGAACAACAUUCGGGAGAUCAUAAGUGCUGGAUCUGGUCAGUGGGUUUUAUUGGGAGAUUUCAAUGCGGUUAGAGGGCCGGAUGACAGAAGGAACACAGGUUUUAACAGGGUGUGCGCGCACGAUUUUAACGAGUUUAUUGAUUCUGUUGACUUGGUGGAGUACAAUAUGAGAGAUCGUAAAUAUACUUUCUUAGCGUCAAACUCUAAUAAAUUGAGCAAGAUUGAUAGGGUGCUAGUUUGUAGAAAUUUUUUUGAUGUAUGGCCGGAUGCAUGUUUGAGAGCGCUGCCUAGAUUGUUGUCUGAUCACUGCCCUUUACUACUAGAGACGGUCAAGAGAAAUUUUGGUCCUAAACCUUUCAGAUUUUUUAAUUCCUGGCUUGAAAAGGAAGGGUUCGCUGAAAUGGUGGAUAACGCGGUUGCUUCUUAUGUCAAGGAGGGGGCGAAUCCGGAUGUGGUUUUGACCAAAAAAUUUAAACAUCUUAGAAACUGCAUUAAAUUGUGGAGAAGCAAUCUGGUUAGUAAAGAAAAGAAAGAUUUUGAGAGAGACAAGGAGGAGCUUGAUAAAUUGGAUCAGAUCGCGGAGAAUAGGGACCUCGAGGAGGAGGAAGUUUGGAUAAAGGAGGAAUGUUUAAAUAACAUUAGGGUUCGUAAGUAUCUUAUUGCUUUGGAUAUAAAGCAAAAAUCGCGUUGUCGAUGGGCUGUUGAGGGUGAGGAAAACAUGUCCUUUUUCCAUAGGCUGAUUAACAAUCAUAGGAAGAAAAACGGUAUUCUGGGGCUUAAUGUGGGAGGGCAUUGGACCUCUAACCCAAGGCACAACUACAGAGGAGAAUUCGGGAGACGGAGAUUUAACGCUGAACCGAUCGAUGGCUGCAUGUGUGCGUGUCAACCAAAUACGUAG